ACUUGUCGAAAUGGAGAUCUCAUGGAAGUAUUGUUGGUUCGGAUUAAUAACAUUGAUGAUUUCAAGCCGUUUAGUAUACACUUUUACAAAAUUUACCAACAUCGACUGCAAAGCGUUUGACAAAUCUUUCGCCGAUUUCAAUAGUUGUCGCCUGCAUGUGCCGAAACGGGGAGAGAUCGCAUUAUCCUUGCAUGUGCAGCUGCUCCAGAUACCAGUUAAUAAUGUCAGUGUAAACCUUUCAUUUUUCAAGAAAGCCAGUGGUUAUCGCCCCUUUCUAUACAAUGUUACCGUCGAUUUCUGUGAUUUUAUGGCGAACAAGAAACGUUAUCCUAUUUUAAAUAUAUGCCAUGGUGUUAUUCUGAAGGACUCGAACAUUAAUCACACCUGCCCCUACAACCAUGACAUAAUCGUUAAAAAUCUAGUUUUGCGUGACGAUAUGUUCGGACGAAUGCCGGUGCCAGAGGGAGAUUAUAUGUUUAAGUUAAUGGUGGGCGCCUACAAUGAAUGGAAAGCUGAUGUGAAGACUUACUUAUCAAUAAAACUCAAUAAAUAG